AUGUCCGGCUACCCUCUAUGCGCGACGGAUUGCAUUGCUGAAGCUCUGCCGCAAUCCUCUUGCAUAGGAGAGGACCUAGCUUGUCUCUGUGCAGACGUUAGAUUUAACGGACAAGUUGAGGCGUGUGUGACUGCUGCUUGUACUGUCAAAGAGAGUCUCAUUGUCGCCAACACGACGUGGACGAGUUGCGGGUUUCCGCUUGCCGACAACACGGCCCUUCCGCGGUUUCUCGCCGGUUUUCUCUUCUUAUUGCCUGCUCUGUUUAUCCUGGCUCGUCUGUUGAACAAGAAAAUCAAUCCAUCUCCGUGGGGCGCCGAUGACACUUGCAUCAUGUUUGCAUUCGUACGUUGGGCACGCAUCUUCAACUUUCAUUACCCUAACACUAGUCAGGCAUUCACACUCGCCAUGAUGCCUAUGAUUUACCGCCGUGAGUCUAGCAUACCUGUUACAACCAAGCUAUUUUCCACUGACCAAGGAUCAGUUUUGGCUCUUGGACUCGGCAAGGAUAUAUGGACACUGCAGCCGCACGAAAUCAUUGACUUUCUCAAGAUCCUGUUUGUGACCGAACUGGUUUACACAACAACUAUCGCGUUGAUCAAAGCCUCAAUACUGUUCUUUUUUCUCCGCAUCUUUCCAUCUAUGCUAUUCCGCAAGGCCGUAUGGGCCACGCUGGGGUUGAACGCUGCAUCCGCCCUGGUGUAUUUUAUUCUCAUUUUUGUUCAGUGCCGUCCGUUGUCAGUUUACUGGCUCGGAUGGGACGGCGAACACCCAGGCGUUUGCGUGAACUUUGAUGUACUGGUUCUGUGGCAUGCCGGCUUCAACAUUCUUUUGGAUGUCUGGAUGCUUAUCUUACCACUGACACAGCUAUACAAGCUCAACUUCGGACUGAAGAGAAAGAUUGGAGUCAUGUUGAUAUUCAGUGUGGGGAUCUUAAGAAGCCUCACCGCAGUCACUUGUAUUCGGGUUCCUACUUUGAUUCAUUACGCGACCGUCAACAAUAUCACCUCCGAGGCUCUGUGGGUGUACGUUUGGACCCUAGCCGAGCUUGAUGUCGGGGUUUCGGUGGCCUGCAUGCCUGCCGCUGGCCAGCUCCUGAGAAGACUGUUUGGCAAAGUGGACAGAGGCACUGAAAAUUCGGGGUCGCCUGUCCUCUCGGCUCCCACGUCAGAGAUGGCUGCUUCGCCCAAAAAAAGCUCAGAAGUUCGGGAUAUCUUGCUUAGUUCAUCGGCAAAAUCGGUUUCGACGCAGAGAGGAAAAGUGUAA